AAUUUAUUUAUUAUUAACCGCGAUUUUUUGGAAUUCAAUUCAAUUCAACUUUUUAAAUCUCUAUUUAUAACAAAUUUUUAAUUUAACAAGCUAAUACUCUUAAGAACAAUAGAAACCAGAUAGACACAUACAAAAUAACAGCAUCAAAAGAAAAGAGUUGUACCCAACUGAGAAAGUAACUCGAUAACAUUUUCAUUUGGUUUUUUUUCCACACACAUUAUCAAAGAGUGGAAUCACAAACCGGUAUGCAAAUUGCAAUUAAUCAAUUAUUUUUUACAUCAACGUCUCAAGAUAACUUCUUAUCACAAUGGCUACCAAAAUGACCGGCGCAGCAGCUGUCCAUUUUCUAUGGAUUUUUAUUCUCCUGACGAUUAUUCAGGUCCAGGGACAGAAAAGUAGAUAUGAUAAUGAAAGGAACGAGAAAAUUGCAGAUUUUCGUGGUUUUGUGCAUGUAAAUGGGACAAAGUACUUCAUCGAUACAACCCCUACCCACAGAGAUGACGCGCAAGCAGAGUGCAUAUCAAGGGACAUGAAUUUGAUUUCUUUCCAAACCGAACAAAAGUAUGAUGACGCUGUUCAGUGGCUUUAUGACAACGGUCAUGAGUAUGAUUGGAUGUGGUCUGGGGCACUGAAAAAUGAGAACUCCUCAACUUGGAUUUGGGAACCUAUUGGCGAGGAAAUCUCGUAUUUCCGGUGGGCGCCAGACGAGCCGACAGUUAACAAUGACACAAUAAGAACGUGCAUUAGUUUCAGCUUUUGGUCCCUUGGAUGGGACGAUGAUAACUGCCUUGAGUACAGCCUGGGAUACAUUUGUGAAUAAUUAGAAAAAUAUUACUUCAUUGAUUAAACUGUUAAUUUGAUAUGACAUUCUGAAACGCAA